UCACUACGUUUCCCUCCCCUGGCUCUGGGGGUCCUGGGAUGGCUCGGGGGUUGGGGUCUGCGCCAGCCAAGCUCUCACAAUGGGCUAGAACCUUCCCUCCCUCUAGGUUCUCAUCCACUUCAGCUCCUCUCCCUGUCCCAGGGAGGGGAGGCAGGGUGUUGAGAGAGUGGGGGGGGAGGGGGCUUUGCCCCUGCAGCUCCUACUUCUUCCCUCACCACUGCACUUGAAGCCCCCAAGAGACACCCCCUAGGGGCCCCUCUCUAAGUGACAGUCACUGGCCUGCAGCUGCUCCCUCUCCUCCCUCCCCUCCCGUGUCCUGUGCUGGUCUGGCCCCUGCCCAGGGCUUGCGCCUUGUGGUUUUGGAGAAAUGGCUGUGGUCAUGAGGUUCUUCUGGUGGGUGUGGCGAAAGUUCACACACUGGGUUUUCUUCUGGAAGCACAAAGUGAAGCUGCCCGAGGCUCCAGGGCUCCCCGACUCUGUGAACAUCAACCUGCUGGGAGCGGAGAAGGCCGGCAAAGUGACGGAGACACUCACAUUGGUGCAGCCCCUCCAGGAGACCACGUUCCUUACCCUGGAGGAGCUCCCCAAGCUGGUGGGACCCUGUGCCGCCCUGGUUGACUCUGCAGCUGCUGCUGGGACCGGGACGGGGGCCCCAGCUGGGGUGGAGCUAGCGCAUGGGAACCGCUCUCUGCUGCAGCUGCCCCGCACAGCUGUCAAGUCCGUGUCCACCCUCAUGGUCUCCGCCCUGCAGUCAGGCUGGCAGAAGUGCACCUGGAAGUCGUCUGUGAGUUCUACCUCGGUGACUUCCCAAAUAAGGACCAGCUCCUCUCUGGAGUCCCCGGAGGCAGAGAUGCUGCGGGAAGUGUACCUGGUGCUGUGGGCCAUGCGCAAGCAGCUGCGGCAGCUAGCCCGCAGGCAGGAGAGGCGGAGGCAGCGCCACCUGUGGGCCCGCUCCUGUGCCCAGCCUGACCCCGCCCCGGGCCUGAAGCAGGAGGUCCGGAGUCCCCUCUAGAGGGGAGGCCCGCAUCCUAGCAAACCCCCGCCUCCCACCGAGGUCAGGCUGCAGGCAAGGUCAGGGCAGCAGGCCCUGGAGUUAUGGGUUGAGGAGGCGGUUUCUCAUGUGGCCUCUUCGUUGGAUGAGAGGAUGAAGGGCCCCGUGCCUGGGGCCCCACACACUCGUCCCCUUCCUUCUUUAAAGGAAAAUAAUAAUAAUAAAAAAAUUUAGCAAAAUGUUGGAAAAUAAAUACCAAAUGUUUCUGA